UCCUUAUAUGCAAAUGAACGGGGCGUGGUUAGCUCACAGGUCCAGAGACCCAGACCAAAGCAACAGCACCACACUGACUACUCGAGAAGAGGAAGAAAAUGGAGGAGAAGGACUAUAAGGCAAACUACUAAAUGAAAAUAACAAAAUGGAAGACGUCGGUGGGCUCCAAGACUUAACUGGUUCUUAUCUGGUAUUCUCUGGUCUUAUCUGGUCCGCCCAAUGCUGCUCUUCUGAGAGCAACCGCUCUGACAGCUCUCUCUAGUCUCUACUGGGAAACAGCUAAAAGUCCUUCUGGAGGUAAGCAACGCUACACAAUUACACCCAGUCUGAGAGUAAAAUAUGUCUCGAAGGCUUUGCAUUUGAACUCCUAUGACUGGUUGCGGACUUGAAGGGAACGCCUUCCUGACAUCCAGGAAAAAGUUUUAUUGGACAGGCAGUAGAGAUCUACUGGAAACAGUGGAGAGGGAGGAGAUGAUAUGCAGCAUACGGCCCAGCCGGAUGGUUGCUGCUCCGUGUGGAACGUGUCCUAUCAGAAAGGAUCAUGCCAGCCCACAUCAAACACCUGAUCAAGAGCUUGUGAACCUCACUGCUGCAGACACCUGUGUGAUAUUCCACUCUGACUGGAACCCUCAAAAUGACCUGCAGGCUCAAGCUCGGUGUCAUCGUUUUGGCCAGUCUAAGGCGGUGGAGGUGUACCGUCUGAUCACUAGAAACUAUGAGAGGGAAAUGCUGGAUAAAGCUAGUCUGAAGCUCGGGCUGGACCGUGCCGUCCUGCAGAGCAUGAGUGGCAACAACAACGGGGUGAGAAAAAGAAAAUCUGUCAUAUUUCUAGAUGCCAAGUCAUUUUUGGCCGGUCCAGCAGUUCUCCAAGAAGGAGAUCGAGGACCUGCUGAGGAAAGGAGCCUACGCCGCCAUCAUGGACGAGAACGACGAAGGCAAUCGCUUCUGCUAGGAGGACAUCGACCAGAUCCUGCAGCGAAGAGCCACCAUCAACACCAUCACCAGUUUGCUUCAAGCAGUGGCUGCACGAGAAAGACGUGGAGGACCAAGAAAUGCUGGCCAGAUUGGCAAAGACCGGAAGAUACAUAACAGAGAAGAUAAUGGAUAUUAACAAGAAAAAGAAAAAAAAUGUUUAUAAUUUCUUUGUUGCUGUUUACAUUUUGAAUUAUAUUUGUUAUUUUUAAAUCAAAUGCAUCUUUUUUAGAUGAUAUAUUUAUUUAGAUGUAGGUUUUUUUUUGUAAUAUUAUUGUAUUAAG